UUGUUACGUCGUUGACUGAUGUCAUUCGUGAUCCUUUAAUUUAUUAAUUAUUUAUAAAGACUGUACCUAUUUGAAAUAAGGAUAUGUAUCGUUAGAAUAAUGAAGGCCGAGCAGUGUAUUAAAUGCAUAUUCAACCAGUGAAACUGGAAAUACUUCAAACUUUCGUAAGACUCUGUAAAUGUAUGUAAAACAAUGUUGUCGGGGCGGGAUGAAGGCCCUGUGUACUAUAGAGAGAUACAAAAGAAUGCGUACCUCAAGAGAAUACCGGAGGAUUACAGUGGCAAGCUACGACCGUUGGUGCACAAGAAACCACCUCUCAAACCGAUGUGGACGUUGCUCUGUGUGCACAAUGGUAAAACACCAUACCUUGAACAGUACCCCACACAAGACAGUCCGACGACACACGCACAUAAACCAGCAUGGCGUGUGUGUCUCAAAGGAGCGAGACACGUGACAGCGAGUGUGAAACCUCAUACAGGGCAGGAAUAUGAUUUUCUAGUGGAUACGGAGAGCGGACCGGUCAGAAUGGUGGCUCCUGAUUGGGACGCAAUGCAAGACUGGGUGUCCACAUUACGCACGAAAUUACACGAAUUACGCAUAAUACCUCGCGGUGAGAACGUAUACGGCGCGCCGCCAGCCGCCGCUGUGCCGAGAGCGGCCGCGAGAGACCCCACCUCGCCGCUGCCGCCCACACCGCCCGUGCCGGUCGAUAGGGUCCCGGGAAUAGAAUUAGGUCCGAAUAUCCGUCCAAUAACCACGCAGAACUCUAUAGAAUCUACAGAACACAAAACCACGACUACCGUAAACACAAGCACACACACAAAUACACAAAACGUUAACAGCACACACGCAGUAACUUCUACAUUAAAUGACACACGAUCCACUACAGUUACACUAAACGACACAACCGUCACAUCACUAUCGAACGUCAGAAAUGUCACAACGACAUCAGUUGACAGCACAUCACUACAAACUGUCAAUGUCAAAGCGUUGACAACCCUAGCGAGCGUACGGAAUCUGCUAAAUGUCAACACGACGAAUGUCAACUCGCCGCUCAAUGACAUUAAUGUCAAUACAUCGCUGACAAAUGUCAGGAAUGCACUCAACAGCAUAGUGACGUCAGAAGUUGAUAUUUCGAACUGGGAUGCGCCGAUCUCCCUACCAAGUACUAGUAGAGAUAAGAUCGAGCCGAAAAGUGUAGCUAAAAUAUGUGGUCAAAGUGUUUGUUUGGAUGACUCUAUAUUGAAAAGGACAGUGUCGACUAGUGAUGAUGAAUUUUUCACGGAGAUGGAUAAAAUCAGUGAUUCGGUUGAUAAUUUAGAUGAUUUUGCGUAUACACAGCGUCUGAAUGUUACUGAUGCCGAAGUAAAGGAGGAAGAGAGUACUCCACAAAGAACAAAUAUAACAGUGAUUCAAGUUUCUAACAAAGGUCCACCACACACAGCCAUACCCGUAUUAGGGCCAGAGACAGACAUAUUCGAUUUCAACUUCAAACAAAAACUAUCGAUCAAACCGAACCAGCCAGACUUCGUAAACAUUGUCAAUACGGAACAGAAUUCAGAAUACGGCACCGUGUUCGACAAACCGGACUCAGAAUACGGACACAUCAGUUUGACAACAACCGUCAGUGUGACAGGUCGCGAUGACAAGUCCGACGCAAGUGUCAAUGUCAAGUCUGACGCUGUCAAUGUCAAGUCUGAUGCAAGUGUCCAUGUCAAAAGUGACGGCGUGUACGAGAGGCUCUGUAUGGCGUCAACGUCAAACGCUUCGCCUUUGUCUGUGAGGCGGUUGAGGAAUGAAAAAAUAAGAAAGUCUUCGUUGCCAAAUUUGGAAUUGGAAUCGACGUAUGAAUGUCUGUUCCCUAGUCAAGAUAAUAGGAGAGUGAACGGUGAAGCGAAUUCCAAUGUGAACUCGAAUGUGUCAAAUUCGAUUGUGCCAAAUUCGAAUGUGUCAAAUUCGAAUGUUCCAAAUUCGAAUGUGUCAAAUUCGAAUGUUCAAAAUUCGAAUGUGUCGAAUACGAAUACAAAUGUUGCGAAUUUAAAUUCGAAUGUAUCUAGAACGAAUGUAGAAUCUAAUGAUAGACUAAGGAAUAACGUAGAAAGGUCGCACAGUCAGAAUGCGUACGAUAAUGGGCCACGAUUGAGGGAACGGAGGGUGCAAAAUAAUAGUCCUAAGAGAGAGAAAAAUGAUAAACCAACAACUAAUAUGCAACAGAAACCAAUAUGGCGACGAGGGCUAACAGAACUAUCUUUAUUGACUCGAUUGAAGAGUAUUGGUUUGAAAAGAGCGGAGAGUCCUACGAGGCAGGAGUGUGAUAUUGAAAGGAAUGUGACGUCACCAACGAAAGUUGUGCACAGAUCUCGUACAGGCGCAAGAGUUGACAGCAGCCGGAGGAGAAGCAAUUCUCUAAGUAAUGGCCAGCCAGCCCAAUCGGCCGUAUCUCUGCGCGUACGGCAAGCGCUAUCGCUCCGCGCGGAGCAGGCUCGCGGCGCGUGCUGUGUGGGCGCCGUGCCCGCACGGGACCCGCCGCUGCUUGCUGAUUGUGACGGGGCCGUGUGGAUAGCACGUUGGAACAGCGGUGGUAACCGAUGUGGGGGGAGGUCGGGGGAUCGAGUCGCGGCGGUGGCCGGCGUGCAGCCCACGUGCGCGAGCCAUGCUAGGCAGAUUGUUAAGGGCGCUAAUAAGCAUAUGGUGGACGUCCUCUUUCACAGAGUGCCGUUGGGUAAAAUAUUUGUUAUUACCAAAAAGGACCAUGAACUCUUAGGUAUAAAACUAGACAGCGAGUGUACUAUACAGUCUGUGGACACGAACGGGCCUGCCUACCGCGCCGGGUUGCCGCCAGGCAAGUGGGCUGUCACCGAGGUCAAUAAUAGGCCGAUCAAUUUGAUAAAGGGCGGCGAAGAAGAAAUGAACAGAAUUAGCGCGCGAGGAACCGAAGUGUCGAUAUUGAUUCAACCGACGAGUUUGGUGAAAAAAUUACGGGCAGCUAUUAAAGGGAACAGACCACUUUUAGCUCUUAGAUAGUAUAUAAAUAAAUAACAAAUAAAUAUGCUUCUUUUGAGAAUUAAAAAAAAAUUACAACCUUUGAAAAAAAAUUUUUUGUAACUGAAAUUUUUUGUGGAAUGAAAAACUAUUUUAUAUGCGAUUAUGGUUAUAAAAGGUUACUAAUAAUACUAUAAUUAAUAUUACAUGAGUGAAAACAGAACGCAAAUUUGUUUACUUGUUUUUGAGAUUAGCGCGAACAUACAGAUAAACAGACUUGAGAUUUGGGUUAUAUUUUGUUAAAAAAGGGCUUAAAUUUUUACUCAACUGUCAAACACUCUUAUAUAAUAUUGUUUUUAUAGCUAUUAUUGUAAUUUCAAGCCAUUUAUAUAGUGCAGCUAAAAAAGUCAAUAUAAUAAGUAAUAACUACAUAAUAAUAUUAUA